CAAUAUAAACUUUAAGCUGCGCACGAGCAGUCGUGGUUGUUUGCGCGUCUUCAUUCGAACGCGUACCGGCGCGGGCGCCGCGGAUAAACAAAAAUAAAUAAAAUACUGUGAUAAUCUAUGUGAUUUUAGUAUAAAAUACAUUAUAGAAACAUAGAUGUCAGCGACAAUGAUUAGAGCAGCGGAGACAUGUGCAUGUCCGUUGCGAGAGAUAGGGCCGUCAAUGGCCGGUUCCUGCGGGAGUCAAUUCUUGUUAUUCAUGAGUAUUUUGGAGUCAUUCGUCAAUGGUCGAUGCGAUCUUGUGGAUCCUUGCAACCGAGUGCCAGAGAAGGAGACGUUGCAGGACAGCUAUGACUUCGUGGUGGUUGGCGGUGGUACCUCUGGAUCGGUUGUGGCGGCUAGAUUGUCGGAAAAUCCACAAUGGAAGGUUUUGCUGAUAGAAGCCGGUGGUGAUGAACCCUCUCAAUCGUCAGUGCCAGCGUGGGUCACAGCUUAUUGGAGUCGAAAUGAUACUGAUUGGAAUUAUUAUACGGAACCGCAGGAAAAGGCUUGUCUAUCUAAUGGUGGGAGGUGCUCUUGGCAUAGAGGGAAAAUGUUAGGAGGAUGUUCAGUAGUCAACGGCAUGAUGUACAUGCGUGGUCAUGCAGCGGACUACGACGGUUGGGCGGUCAACGGCGCGACUGGUUGGUCGUGGUUUGAAGUGAUGCCUUACUUCCUCAAGAGCGAAGAUAAUAAGGAAAUAGGAUCUGGAGUGUCCGGACAGUACCAUAAUACUGGCGGGCCACUACCCGUGCAAAGGUUCCGCUAUGCUCCUCGCUUCGCUCACGAUGUUGUAUCGGCAGCUAUUGAAUUAGGCUAUCCACCUACUAGCGAUUUGAACGGGGAAACUACCACCGGUUUUACCAUCGCACAAACCUUUAAUGACAAUGGUACUAGAUACAGUACGGCUCGCGCAUACCUCCGACCAGCAGCAUAUCGGCAAAACCUUGAUGUCAUGCUAAAUGCACUGGUGUCGAGGGUUACCAUAGAUCCCGGCACGAAGAGAGUCACAGGAGUGGAGUAUGUUAAGAAUGGGGAGACUAAAGUCAUUGGUGUCACGAAAGAGGUUAUCUUAUCAGCUGGCACCAUGAAUUCGCCACAAAUACUCAUGCUAUCUGGCAUAGGACCAAGGCAAACGUUAGACAAGUUUAACAUACCAGUUAUCGUGGACCUUCCUGGAGUUGGUCAGAAUCUUCAUAACCAUGUUGGAGUAACGUUGGACUUUACUUUGACGAAGGAACCAGAUGUUCCAGAACUGUCUUGGGAAAGUGCUAUGGAAUAUAUGUUGGAAAGAAAAGGACCGCUUUCAGGAACGGGUUUAUCCCAGCUAACGGGCAUGAUAAACUCCCGCCUCUCGUCAGCGGGCGGGCGCCAUCCUGACAUCCAGUACUUCUUCAGCGGCUACCACGCGUCCUGCGGCGACGGGAAUGUUGCGAAACCGGAUCAGAUCGCCAGUAAGAGAAGGAUAUCAAUAUCAGCAGUAUCCCUACAACCACGCAGCCGAGGCUACCUCACGCUGCAGUCGGUGGACCCGGCUCAACCUCCUCUGAUGCAACCGAAUUAUUUCUACAAUGAACAUGAGCUCAAUGUACUCAUAGAAGCUGCAAGAACGGCGUAUCGACUGGCAAAUACUACGAUUCUUCGCGAGAAAUACGGCAUGCAACCAACCGAAGGCUACGGGAAGGAAUGUCCUGGAGGCGGAUUGAACCCCACAGACGAUUUCUUCAGAUGCUUGGCUCAACAACGCACCGCUCCAGAAAACCAUCAAGUGGGCACUUGCAAGAUGGGCUCUAAUGACGAUCCUAUGGCUGUUGUUGAUCCUUCGCUUAGUGUUUAUGGUGUUGAAGGUCUGCGAGUAGUAGACGCAUCUAUAAUGCCAACAGUGCCCUCAGCCAACACAGCCGCUCCCGCAAUCAUGAUCGGGGAGCGAGCAGCAGAAUUCGUUAUCACAAGGCAUCAGAGGUUCAAGAAUAGAUAUGGCAAUGAUAAUGUUACUAAAGGAGGAGCUAUUAAUAAUGAUGACAGGUGGCGUAAGUGGGACGACAGACCGUGGUCGUGGAAUAAGAAUUGGCAAAACUCAUACAAGCCGCAAGAUUGGUACCGACACAAUCGGGUUAAUCACGCUAAUCAUCAAAUUUCUAGAUAAAAUGCCGAUUUAUAUGUAGAAUAAACAUAAGUAUUUAAUAUUUAAUUAAUUGUGAAACUGAUAUGGAACCUAUUAUAUUUAUUAAUUAUAUAAAGUUAUUUAAAUCAUAAGUAUGCCAAUUAGAUGAUCAUUAUGAUUAACACAAGAAAGGGGCAUGACAUGUAUCGAUUGUUUUUUUUUUGAGAUUUAGUACAAAACUGUUAUUAACAUGUGGUCCAAUGUUAACCCCACAAAAUAAAAUUUAAAGCGUUCAAUAAAAAAUUAAGUACAAUUAUUUGACUAUUGGCACACCCCGGACACUCCAUACAAAAUUAUCGUUUUGACAGUCACACUGUAGAGACUGCAAAUGUGUCUGUUAACGCUUUAUGGUUGGCACAUUUGUGACUAGCGUAAAGAAAUUCGCGUUUUUCAUAUGAAAUACAUAUCCGUAUACAGCACAAUAUCUAACCAGCGAAAAACGAUAAUCACAAAUCCAAAAUAAUAAAAUUAAGUCAAUUUGAUUAAUGUUGUCAAUCUUCGUGCGUUCCUUGCGGAAAAAUGCGGGCCAUUUAUAGCGUGAUCGUGCGGGGUGUGAGGUUAGUGUUUAAUUUUGGCGGGAGGCGGAGUGUCCGUUCUGUAGCGUUUAGCUACUAUUAUGUAUUCUGCGCUGUUGGGUUACUUUUACGGGAGAGUAUUGAACCACAGUUAUGUAUAAGUAAUUAAACGGUUACUUAUAAGCUGUUAUUAGAAAUAAAAGAGGUAUUAUGAAAAUAAAGAUAAUUUAAUAUGCUA